AUCCUCGCCCACCACCAUUUUUGCUUCCAUUUCGAAUAUUUUAGUGGGUUUUUGGAAGCAACGUUUUGCCGUAGCUUGUUGCAUUCGCGUCAAUGCCCAGCGAUAUCCGCAGCUUUUUUGGCGGAAAGCCCGCAGGCACGCCGGCGGCGAUGCCGCCCGCUAAGGAGGAGAAGCCCAAGAAAGGACGCACGAAGAAGUCAAAGGUUGUGGAAGACUCUGAAGAUGACGAUGAAGUAGUGCCAAAAAAAACCACUCAGAAGGAAAUAUCAAAACCGAAGAAAGUCGAAUCUCCCAAACACGUAGCGACGUCGACGUCGGCUUAUUUCAGCGCUUUAAAUAAACCAAAACGAUCAGAACCGAAGAAAACAAAGACAGGACCGACGAGUCCCGCUGCUACUCCUAAGAAGCCAACACCUGCAAACGGAAACUCGUCGACGAACGGACAGGUAACUCCCAUUAGAACGAAACCAAUCAGCCAAUCGAAGGCCAAAAUCGAUGAUGACAACGACAAUGAUGACGAUAUAUUCAAGUCAAACUAUAAGCCUAGCGGCAAAAUGGACGAUUAUGAGGAGAGCGAUGACGACGAGAUGGACAUUAUUCCAGCCAAGAAAACCGCAGUUGCGCCGCGUUCUAAAAAGAGUAGUUCUGCUAAGAAAGAGGAUGGCGAUUUCCAUUUAGACGACGAUGUCAAUAUGAAGGAUGCCGAUGAUGACUUUGUUGCAUCGGACGAUGACAAAGUUGCUCAGUCGAAGAAGCCAUCAAAAGCGAAAAGUUCAAUUGCUGCAAAAAAAAGGAAGUCUCCACCUGAUAGUGAAGAAGAAGAGGAGCGUGAGCCGCCCAAGAAAGGCCGAAAAACAACAGUAUCGACGAAGUCUCCUGUGAAGAAGGUGACGAGGAAAGACCAGCCCGAGAAUGCGAAUACGCAGGCCAUCUUUGAUUCUAUCACCAAAGUACGAGCACCGACUCCACCUCCCAGAGAUCCGAAUAAAAAGUUCAAUUUUGCGGCACACGGUCAGCAUCAAAAUGCUCUUGCCCAAGCCAGCAGUGGCCAAAUCGAAAUACCCGAAGGCGCAGAAAAUUGCUUGGCUGGUCUGAACUUUGUUUUCACUGGAGUUCUACCUAACCUUGACCGAACAACAGGACAGAAUUUGGUCAAAAAGUAUGGAGGCAAGUGCCAAAGCUCUGCAAGUACACGCACAGACUUUGUGGUUUUAGGAGCCGAUGCAGGACCCAAGAAGCUUGAAGUGAUUCGUGAGAACAACUUGAAGACGAUUGACGCCCACGGUUUAAUGGAGUUGAUUCGGCGAAUGCCUGCUAAUGGCGGUAGUGGCAAGGCUGCGGAGGCGUACAAACUGAAACAAGACAAGGAACAGGAAAAGAUAAAGAAAAUGGCGGAAGAAAUGGAGAGAGAAGAGACAAAUCUGGCUAAGAAAGUUGCUCCAGCCGGUGCAGGUAGUGGUGGAGCAUUGUCGAGCAAAGCUGCUCCGAAUGUUACGAAGACUGCUGAGCAUAGAGACUCACAGCUUUGGACAACGAAAUACGCGCCAAACUCGAUCAAUCAAAUUUGCGGCAACAAAGGUCAGGUCGAAAAGCUGCAACGGUGGCUAAGGGACUUCCCUAAGAACCAACGCAAACAAUUCAAGCUUCCCGGCAAAGACGGUAGCGGGACCUUUCGAGCAGUCAUCAUCCAUGGUCCUCCAGGUAUAGGCAAGACAACAGCCGCUCAUGUGGUUGCUAAAGCAGAGGGCUACGACAUUGUGGAGACAAACGCGAGCGAUACACGAAGCAAGAAGCUGAUGGAGCAGAGCUUGAGAGGCAUAUUAGACACUACCUCACUCAUGGGAUAUUUUGCUAAAGGCGACGAGAAAAUCGAUCGAUCCAAAAAGAAGAUGGUGCUCAUCAUGGACGAGGUUGAUGGCAUGACUGGCAGUGACCGGGGCGGUGUGGGUGCGCUGGCAAAGGUCUGCAAAACGACCGAGAUUCCAAUGAUCUUGAUCUGCAACGAUCGCAAGCUGCCCAAGAUGAAACCGUUUGAUUACGUUACAUAUGACCUGCAAUUCCGGCGUCCCACAACGGAACAAAUACGCGCUAGGAUGAUGACUAUCGCAUACAAGGAGCAGUUGAAUAUUCCCCCACCUGUCAUCAAUGCCCUAAUUGAAGGCAGCGGUGCAGACAUUCGCCAAGUCGUGAACAUGCUCUCCGCCUCGAAACUAGAUCAAGAUGCCAUGGACUUUGACAAAGGCAAAGCCAUGUCUAAAGCGUGGGAGAAGCAUAUUAUCCUCAAGCCCUGGGACAUAUGCGGCAAGAUCCUUGGUGGUGCAAUGUGGGCUGAGAGCAACAAGACCACACUCAAUGAGAAGUCGGAACUGUACUUCAAUGACCAUGAGUUCAGCUAUCUCAUGUUGCAGGAGAAUUACCUGGGCACGUUCCCAAACAAAGCCAAUGCGUACUCUGGUAAGGAGAAGAAUCUGAAGACGCUCGAGCUGGUCUCGGACGCGGCAGAUAGUAUCAGCGACGGUGAUUUGGUCGACAGGAUGAUCCAUGGCAGUCAGCAGCACUGGAGUUUAAUGCCCACACAUGCGAUCUUUAGCUUCGUAAGACCAGCAAGUUUUGUCGCGGGCGCCUUUCAGGGGUAUGGGCAGACCAGAUUCACGUCAUGGCUGGGUCAAAACAGCAAGCAAGGCAAGUUGUCUCGCUUUGUUCGGGAGAUCCAAGGUCAUAUGCGCCUUCGCAGCACUGGAGAUCGAAACGAAGUGCGGCAGCAGUACAUCCCUGCUCUUUGGUCCUCUCUCAUCGAGAGGUUACAGGUACAAGGCAAGGACGCUGUGCCUUCUAUCAUUGAUGUCAUGGACUCGUACUUUCUGACGCGCGACGAUUGGGAUGCCAUCAUGGAGCUGGGUGUGGGUCGCAUGGACAUGGAGAAUGUCAAAAUCGAAUCGCAAGCCAAGAGCACGUUUACGCGCAUGUACAAUGCGGCAAGCCACCCCAUGCCGUUCGUCAAGGCGACAACUACGGCCACGGUCGGUGGCGGUUCUGGCUUGACGAGAGAGAAGCCAGACUUGGAGGAGGCUGUCGAAGUGGAGGACGAGGAUCUGGCCGUCGAUGCGGACGUCAAGAAGGAGGAUGGCGCAGAGGAGGACGAGGAUCUGGAUCUGAAGAAGGACAAAUACAUCAAGGCCCCUAAGAAGAAGGCGGCGCCCAAGAAAAAAGCGAAGAAAGCGGCAGAAGGCGAAGACGAGGAGAUGGAUAGCGAGGAGGAGAAGCCGAAAAAGAAGGGUAAGGGCAAGGCGAAGAAAUGAAAAUUGGUACGGGUCCAGAGGCGGAGAGAGUGUCGAAGCCUCCGCCCUGUUGAAGUGACUCUGCAAAGAAUAGAAGGGGUACUAUCCUCGAGUUUGUUACUGAGUUUUUUUUGUUGUUGCAGACGCGUUCUUGAGCGUGACAGGAGCCCUAGUUUUCACGAAUACAAUGAUGGCACCACGUGGUUGGCAUUGCUUCACGCGCAGGCAUCGAAGAGAGAGAGAGAGAGAGAGAGAGAGAGAGAGCGAAGACAACACAGGUCGCCGUUUCCCGUUGUUCAAAAACUUUGUCCACCCGCCCUAGUCUUCGUAACAUAUGCCGAACACAUGGCACAAACAAAAUGUUUUUCUUCUUGAAGAAAUUAAAAAGAAAAA